AUGUUGACUGAAUCGGCAAAUAAAGUGAAUGUAAUCGUUGGCAAUGACUCGACCCGAACGGCAACCGAAUCUGAAAAUCAUUUGAAUCCUAAUCCCAAUGAUAGCGACAAUAAUGCGAAGAAUGUCUUAAGAGCUGAACCAAAGAGUUUAAGUGAAAAAUCCCUGUCCACUGCCACGAUUAUACGGGAGGCCAGGUAUACAUCGAUUGCUCCUAAGGGUAAAGGCAAGAAGCCGGGGAAGUGUCCCAAAGUGAUCACCAGUUGUGUUACAAACAUCGAGAAUUUAUGUGAUCCUAUGAGGCACUGUGCUCGCGAAAAGUGCACGGAAUCAAUGAGGAAGAGGUUAUCUACAAGACAUGUCUCUUAUGGCAAGAAUGAGAAUGAAUUGUCUGAGACUUGCAAAAAAAUACUGAAAGUGAAGCAAUGUUUGGACAAAUAUGUGGACGAAUGCAAGUCUAUCAGCGCUCGCAUCAGAGAUAAAGUCGAGAAGUUGUUGAAUGGACAGCAAAACCUUCACAAAGAACUCUGUGAUGUAAACAGUCCUUUAAGACAAAAAUAUCUCAGUUAUGCUCAUUGUAUUGAACACAACACUAAGGAUACGAUUCAAUGCUUUAAGAACUACGAGAAGGAAAUGAUUGAUACGAUUCAUGAGUUACCCCUUCAAAGCCAGAAGUUUGGGUACAUUCAGAUGGACUCCAUUUGUUGUGCAUUAGAUCGGCAUAACAUGUGUACCCGACUUAUACUGGAAAGUCGUUGCAAUACCAGUGCGGCUGAUCUGUCGGAAGAGUUGUAUCAAUUGUCUCGAAGUGAUAUCUCCGAUGACUGUCGACAACGCCGUUCUCACAGACACUGCAAUCGAUCGCAAAUCAAUUUCUUCAAUCUCUAUGUCUUAUUUGCUUCACUCGUAUUCGUAAAUAUUAUUAAUAAUUAG